CCCAGGAUUCUUUGGGGGAAGCCAUCGCUGUUUAAAGAGGAAUAAUGUCUGGUGUGAAUGUGGCCGCGAUAACUAAGAAAAUGAAAUCCCUUUCGCUUAAAUAAACUUUUGUGUAAAACCCACCACCAAAAUUCCGAACUCUGACCUCUCCAUCCCAAUCCCAUCAACUCCCUUUUCAGGGCUGCUGGAUUCCUCGCAGCAUCCACAGGUUGCCCAACCUCACCUCAGACCUCAAGGAGGAGACAAUGGGAGCCAACCUACCAAUGCAUUUUAAGGUCCCUGUUCCAUACCAGGCAUCAUCUCUGCUAAUCCUCUCCUUGCCACUUGCCGCUUGCCCACCCCAACUCCUCCAUAUACCACUACACAGGUCUGUUCACUCUCAAUGUUCAACCCCCCCCCCCAAAUAUAUAUAUAUUUACAUAGGAGGAUGUUGUGUUGAAGAAAUUACAAACUCCCAGAGAUCAGGGCUUGAAGCUUCUUUACUGAUCUGGAGACAUUCAAGAGGCAGCUGGACAGACACCUGUCAGAUAUGCUUUAAGUUGGAUUCCUGCAUUGAGCAGGGGGUUGAACUUGAUGGCCUUAUAGACCCCACCCAACUCUACUAUGCUGGGAAAAACAAGGGUGUAGAAAAAGAGGAUGGCCAAACAAGAGAUGGAUUGAUUCCAUAAAGGAAGCCACAGACCUGAACUUACAAGAUCUGAACAGAGUGGUUCAUGACAGAUGCUCUUGGAGGUCGCUGAUUCAUAGGGUCACCAUAAGUCGUAGUCGACUUGAAGGCACAUAACAACUCUACUAUUCUAUCAUUCUAGGAGCUUAGCAAAACUGAAACCGAAUUGACCAGGCCAUGCUCUGACAACUCUAGCUCUGCCCAAUCUUCCAUGCCUCUUAACUAUAACUCUCAGCAUGCAACUCACCCACUACAACACCGCAGGUGGGCAGAGGCGUAUUUUUCUAUUCUGGAGACCAUUUUAAAGACUACUUUUAUGAUACCACUGGUUAAGCAAAAAAAUUAACAACAAAGAGAACUAUUGAAAGUGGAUGUUAGAAGAGAAAAAAGCAGCAGGUCUAAGGGCAGUUAAGGAAAGGAUCAAAGUUGACAUUUUCGUCAUUGCAGCUACAGAGAAGGGACCUAAGGGAAGUUCUUUUGCUGCUUCUGUUUACUAACUGCUCAUCGGUGUAAUGUUCUUCUGUUCCUUUACAUGAGAAGUCUUCAUAUAUUCUAAGGAAGGAAUCAUAAGGUGUCUUGAUUUAAAAGUAUGGGGCCUCUGAGAAUUGACAUGGCCUCAGGAUGUCUUCAUCUGGCCCUGUGGAGGAGGGACACAGUCCAGAAAGUUGCUGACCCCCUUAUAAUGUGAGAAACAGCCAAGGGGGCUUCCGCCAGUGUGCUCUUUAAUGGUUAACAACAACUACGGAAGAGCAGCAAUUCCUAGAGCAGACAGGAAGGUUGCCAUAGAGGGACUUCCCUUUCCUGUCCCGCCUACCCGAAAGGAAUGCUGGAAGUGAGCACGCUGUGAAAUGGCAUCAGAGCGGCAUUCUGGAUCCUCCCCCCUUUACCCUGGAAAGGAAACAGCCACUAUACAGUCAGCUCAGGGUCUGGUAACCUUUGAGGAGGUGGCCUUGCAUUUCACCGAGGAGGAAUGGGUCCUGCUGGAACCAGGCCAGAGAGCCCUUUACAAGGCAGUCAUGGUGGAGAUUCAAGAAAUGAUAACCUCUCUGGGAGAUGUCUGGGGGAUCACGGCUGAGCGGGAACCAUCAGAAAUAUCACCAGAAAGACCUGAGGAGCAGAAAUUUGGAAGUCAAGAUGGAGCAAAGAGAGAAGAGGGGAGACAAACACAGAAACCAGGGGAUGAAUCCAGAUCUUCUCAGGGUGCUGAAUAUAAAAUUCAACAGGAAACUCGUCACCUAAAGGAAAUUAGAAUGCUUCCUGAAUGCAGUAAAAUCUUAACUUGCCAACCAGCUCUAAAUCAGGGAAGGCGUAUCAGAGAGAAACAACACAAAUGCUUGAAAACUGGGGAGCGAUUUUUUGAUAAAUCGAGCCUUGUUAGACAUCAGACACUUUACACUAGAGAGAAACCAAAUACAUCCUUAGGCUGCGGGGAAGGUAUCAGUCAGAGUGGAAGUCUUGCUUCCCUUCGAAAAAAGCAUAUAGAGGAGAAAUCAUAUGAAUUCUCCUUGGAGUGUGGUGAGUGCUUUAAGCAGGAUGAUCAACUGGCUAUACAUCAGAGAAGUCGAACAGAGGAAAAACCAUAUACAUGGCCUGACUAUGGGAAAAGUUUUAUUCAGAGAUAUAAUCUGACAGAACAUCAGAAGAGUCACACAGGAGAGAAACCAUAUACCUGGUCUGACACUGGGGAACAUUUCAGCAACAGGUCAAAUCUUACUGUACAUAAGAGAGUGUACACAGGAGAGAAACCAUAUAAGUGCUUGGAGUCUGAAAAGGCCUUCCAAGUGAGCACAAAUCUCAACUCACAUCUAAGAAUUCACAGAGAGGAGAAAGUGUAUGAAUGCUUGGAAUGUGGAAAGAGAUUUCAUCAUAGGUCAAAUCUUUGUGUACAUAAGAGAGUGCACACAGGAGACAAACCAUAUAAAUGCCUGCAGUGUGGAAAGAGCUUCCGUCAGCAUUCUUGCCUUACGGUGCAUCAAAGAACUCAUACAGGGGAAAAACCUUACACUUGUUUGGAGUGUGGAAAGAACUUCAGUGAGCGUGGUACCCUUACUAGACAUCAAAGAACCCAUACAGGGGACAAACCUUAUAAGUGCUUAGAGUGUGGAAAGCACUUCAGUCGGAAUAGCUUCCUUACUGUGCAUCAAAGAACUCAUACAGGGGAGAAACCUUAUAAAUGCUUAGAGUGUGGAAAAAGCUUCAGUGAGCGUGGCACCCUUACUCAACAUCAAAGAACUCAUACAGGUGACAAACCUUAUAAAUGCUUGGAGUGUGGAAAGGGCUUCAGUCAGAGAAGGUCUGUUAUUUCACAUCAAAGAACCCAUACAGGAGACACACCUUAUAAAUGUUUGGAGUGUGGAAAGAGCUUUAGUCGAAGUUACAACCUUACUUCGCAUCAAAUAAUUCAUACAGGGGACAAACCUUAUAAUUGCUUGGAGUGUGGCAAAAGCUUCAAUAACAGUAGCAACCUUACUUCACAUCAAAGAACUCACACAGGUGACAAACCUUAUAAAUGUUUGGAGUGUGGAAAGAGCUUCAGUGAGAGUGGCAUGCUUACUAAACAUCAAAGAACUCAUACAGGGGACAAACCUUAUUAAUGUUUGCAGUGUGGAAAGAGCUUUAGUUAGAAUGGCAAACUUAAGACACAUCAAUGGAUCCAUACAGAGGAAAAGCCAUGUAAAUGCUUUUAACAUGGAAAAAACUUUAAGCAGAAUUCCAGUCUAAAUGUAAAACAAAGAAUCCAAACAGUGGAGAAGCUUGAUAAAUAUCUGGAAUGUAGAAUGAAUUUCAGUCAGGAUCACACCCUUGCUACACAUUAAGUGGAAGUUCUGGCUUACGACUGAGGAAGGCCUGAAUGUCUGGCUUGAUGACAAGGCUUAGGAUCCUGCGAGCCCUAAAAUGAUGGAAAACUGUUCCUUCGGGUGUUUGUCCUGUGACCCUUCAUUUCCCAAAAGAGGAAUGUUUAAUAAGAAAAGUAGGCCGAGAGAAAAGGACAAAUCAGAAUACAGAAAAGUUGGGGUGUUUAUGGUGAUCAAGAAAAGGCUACGCUCAGUCCUAGAACUCAGUACUAUAUUUAUUUAUUUAGAACAUUUGCACCCUGCUCUACAGUCAAAAAGGCUCAAUCCCUGCCCACAGCUUUACAAUGUUAAAAAACAUGACGCAUGAGGAAAAGGGGCAAAGCAAACUUGGGCACCAGUUCUUAAAUAAUAGUUCUCAUGAUGUUCUCUCUUCUCACAAAAAGGUCUUACUCCUUCUUUGCUUAAUUUUAUCUUUGCUUUACUCCAAUUGUUUUCUACUAGACUUUUUGCGCCUUUUUAACCCAGCUUGCCUUCUUGCCUUCUCUUUCAGAGAACCUGCCCCUUCUUCCGUUUGGAGGCUGUUUGUGGCCAUUUUCCUCUAAGUCAGUCCUUUGGGGCUGGAGUUUUGGCUCAUCAUCAACUUUGAACAGAUCUUGCUAUUCUAGUGCUUAUAUACAUAAGUUUUGUAUUUUAAGGUUUUGGUUAUUUCCAGG